AUGGCUUAUAAACCGGGACAUUUCACCGAGGAUUGGAUACCUUACGAUACGAUGAUACCCAAGAAGUGUUCCGAUGCGCAUACUCUCUUCCGAACUAUCGUUUAUGCGGAGGACUUCUGCAAGAAACACUCUUGGGAGGAGCAGAUGCGCAUCAAAGAAGAGGAAUGUCGCCCUCUUUUCACCGAUUACCUUGAUGUUUUUGAGGAAGAAAACCCCAAGUACCAACAUAUUUACCCAUGCCGAAUGCCAAAGUGGCCAUGCAGAGAUCCACGGGAGAGUUCCUUGACUCAACUGCAGAAAAAACUCUUGGAUUGA